AUGCCGUGCCAGCAGUGGAGGUGCAGGUGGGCUCUGCCCUGCGCCCUGAUCCUGCUUCUCUCAGGUCUCCAAAUCCUGGUGACUCACGGCUGGGGUCCCCAAGGGGAAGGCAAUGGUGAACACACAACAGCCUUGGACCUUUACUUCCCUGCCACCGUGGAGUACGCCUUACAUGUAUACAACCUGAAGAGCCAAGACAGCAAUGCAUACAAGGUGGUGCGUGUCCUAAGGUCGUGGAGGGAGCAGGUUGAUUUCGGGAUCGUGUUCUCCAUGGAGCUGGAGCUCAGCCGAACCAGCUGUGGGAAAUUUGAUGAAGACAUUGACAACUGUCCAUUUCAAGCAAGUCCCAACAUGAACAACACCAUCACCUGCCUCUUUACAGUCGACACUGAACCCUGGGAAACAAAGUUUCAGCUCCUGAACAACACCUGCUCGGAGGGCUCCACUGAGUGA